AUGGUCGAGGCGUAUGGCGGCUCCCCGGAAUGGAAACCGGACUUUUUGUUUGUAAAGGCGCCCUCGAGUUAUUGCUUGCCAUGGAAUCUCCGAGAGACAGAGGGUCUCGGGGCCAUAAAGGAUGAAUGGACCCAAGAGGAUGAAAGAGAAGGUGAUACGGUCAACGUCGAGGGUGCAACCAGAAUUCCUCUCGAAACUUCUGUUGAAGAAAAUCAAGAUCCUUUUGUCAUUGUGAAUUCAAAUGGGGAUGUUACUAUCACUGCUGCGCCUCAGAAGAAGAAGAAGAAAAGGAUCGUAAAGGUGAGUGAUAGGGCGAAAUCCAAGAAAGCUAAAACGGAUGUGCCCUCGAAGGAGACCACGCAGCCGGAAAAGGGCAAAGGCCCCCUCGAGGGAGAAGCAAUAAUCUUGGCCCCUCAACUGUUCGAGGGAGGCCCGUCUGUGGCAAUACACACCUUUAGCAACCCACUGUCAAUCGAGUGUCCUGUCCUUGAGGAAUUCGCUGCUCAACUAAAUGAAGCCGACAGUCUGAGACUGAUAAGUGCGGCCUCGAUGGCCUAUCUAGUGCAGUUAAGGAAACUUCGAGAAGAUCUGGCUACAGCUCGGGCGGAAAGGGAUGAGGUGUUGUUCGAGGUGGUUACCCUCGAGGAGAAGGCUCGCCAAGUUCAAGCUAAGGAGGCUGAGAUUGCCAAGGUGCAGGCUAAAUAUGACGAGUUGGAUGAGAAGAUGAAGUCGUUUGCUAGAGGGAUGGCUGUAGCUCUCGAAGAGAUGAACUUGGUUGUCACGAAGUGCGGAGUGCACCGAGUUGGCGUGGCAGGGUUGAAGAGGCCGAUUAAGGCUAAAUGGUUGAAGCAGCUCCUGAUGAAGCACUCGAAGAAAACCAUGCACGAAGCCAUGGUGAAGGUCUUGACAAAGUUGAGUCUCGAGCAGCUACCUCUGUGGAGAGCUUUAACCGGUGCCAUGGCGAAAAUGAGUUCUCCUACGGAGAUCGCCUUGUUCCCGGGUGAUGUUCCUGUUAUCCUGGCCAAGGGUCCAAGUGAGGAAGACCCUAUACCCGAUGUACCCGAUGAGUACAUGGAUAUCGAGCUCGAGGACGCCGAUGAAGCCACCGAGGAGGACGUUGCUGAUACCGGCCAUUCUGGUGUCCAGAGAACUGUCGAGGACACCUCCCAGGACCCUUCCAAGGACCCCUCUCCAGGCAGUGAUGCUGAAAGUUGGACCGUCCACCGUGUUCACCUCAUGGUGUUGUCGGAGGAGCAAUCGAGGGAGUUCCCAUUAUAUUCUAUGAUUAGCGGGAUUCUGAGAAGUCGUGCCGAUGUGCACAGCCUCGAGACGGUGGCACAUUUAGAGAAUGACCUACUCGAUGCAAUGAGGACGCACAAUGUAAAGGUUAACCAGCAUCUCAUAAACGAGAUUAAAGGACUCCGCGAUGCAGCGUCGAGAUGUCCAAAGUUUGAAAGACCACAGUGA